AGGUUCUGCUUGUUGAAGAAGGAGUACAUGGAGAGCUUCGAGGCCAUCUUCCAGGAGCAGUACGAGACAAUUCACAGGCUAGAGACCAACAAACUGCGAAAUGUGGCGAGAAUGUUCGCGCAUCUCCUCUAUACGGACUCCGUCCCAUGGAGCGUCCUGGAGUGUAUGAGAAUGAGCGAGGAGACGACGACGUCCUCCAGCCGUAUUUUCGUCAAGAUCCUCUUCCAAGAGCUGUGUGCCUACAUGGGGCUUCCGAAGCUCAACGAGAGACUCAAGGACUCGAGCUGAGGCAGGACUGGCCUUCCUCUCUGCAGUGGUGGUUCUUUUCGAUUGUGUGCUGUUACACCUGGAGUGUUUGAGAGUGUGACCAUAGUGCACUGUGGCGUGUGUGUGGAAGUGUGCCCUGGUAAAAGACAACUGUGACAUAAGACAUAACUAUGUUAUGGCUGAUUGGUGUAUAUGCACACUGCAUAGUUUACACAGUGUUACAGCCCUUAAAACUCUCUUCUAUUGUAGCAUGCGUUUAGACAUUUAGAUUCUGGGCUGUUUUGCUGCUGCAUGACCUGGAUGUCUUGCCAUAAUUGAUGGAAGUGUGUAUUCUGCGCUCUACCAGAAAAUCCUAAAGAAGAAGUUCCGGCCAUCAGUUCGUGACCUUAAACUUAAGUGCACUUGGAUUACACAGCAGGACAAUGAUCUGAAACAUUCCAGCAAGUCCACUUCUGAAUGGCUCAAAAAGAACAAAAUGAAGGUUUUGGAGUGGCCUAGUCAAAGUCCUGACUUAAAUCCGAUUAAAAUCCAAGAACAGGCCAUUCAUGCUUGAAAACCCUUCCAAU